AUGCUCAAAAAUGGUGGUGCAGGACGGGUGAAUUGGAACGAACGGUGCCGCGAUCUCCCAAUUUGUCGAAGUGUGAAUCAUUGCGGAGAUGUUCAUUACACGAAACUGAUGACGGAAGACACAUUCAUCGACAUGUUCAAAACGUUUUUCAUGCAAGCAGGGUAUAGAGAUGUACCAGGCUCAAUACAUAUGAUACGCCGAGAGGUUGGAAAGCAAAUCGACAAGCUGUAUACCGAGGUGGAGAGGUCUCAACAAUUGACACAGGCUGACAAAGCUGUGUUUGGACAAAGUUACACGGCAGACAUUUCGUCGUGUGAUGGCAUGUCGGCCUUCUUGCGUGAGAAACCUGACCACAGGGCUGUCGACUACUUCCAAGGCCUCGCCCAAUUUCGACAGGAAGGCCUACCAAUCCGACUACCUACUGCGCUGAAAGAGGAUAUCAAUCGCGAUGCAGAACUUUUGGCAUGGGACCAGAAGAUAGCACAAGCCGAUGAGAGCACGUGUAAAAAGGCGAAACAAAAGCGGCAAAAAGUAUUGGAAAGACUCGAGAAACGCAAGCUAGAGGAGUACCGGCAAGAAUGCUCAUCGCGACUGAUGCGGGAGAACUUGUUCAAUGAUCAGCAAGCAACGAUUGCAGACCCGCAUCCCAUACACAAGCUUAGACCCGAGAUAGGUCGGCUUGCUGAGAAGAUGACAAGAACUUCGCCUUCGAGCCAACAAGACAAGGUUGAUGCUAUGCAUGAUAUGCGGUUGCUGUUGGCUGCGCCGCCAAUCUUCUAUCGAGAACACGAGGAGCCAAAGAACGGGCGGUGUCCCUAUUGCUCAAUAGAAAUGCACAGCAUCAUGGACAAGAGAAGUCGAUGCAAACAUAUCCACCGCUGCCGGAAACGUGCCGUAGCCCAGGAGCGUGGUGUGCUGCCUGGAACUCUUAAGUUCUGUUAUUUCUGUAACUUGUUCUUCACUGCCGAGGAAUAUUCCGACCACUGUAAGAUGCAUUUGACGGAGCCGCUAGGAUAUUGUGGUUCUGUUACUUACAGGCACACUUUGGUCCGCCCUGCGUUCUGUCUGCUAUGCAGGCAGUCGAAGCGCCGCACGCCAGCGACGAGGAUGUACUUCUGGGAGCGAGAUAUCGACGCCAUACGCCACAUGGAGACCGAGCACAAGGACGAAUGGCCGUGGUCGUGUCCAGGGUGCAACUUUUCUGGUGAGAACAACAAGGCCUGCUAUCAUCAUCUGCAUGAUGCUCAUGGCUAUGAACUUGUCACGGAGCAAAAGCAAGGAGUUUAUCGCAACAGCACUGGUUCCCCUCCUGUGCUUCAGUCACAUGAACCGAUGGACCAAUCUACACCGAGUGGAACUGAUGUGAAGCCGGCUGAUCCCCCGCUUUCCUCACUGCGAGGUAGCGGGAGGCGAGAAGAAGAAUCAAGCGAGGUUGGGAUCGUCAACGAUUCACUGGCAACGCCAAACUGUCUCGGCAGUUUUAUUGUGCCCUCGACCGCGAACCUUGAUCUGGCCUCGACUGCGGAAUCUUCAUUGGCUCUUUUAAGGGCUUGCUCUUGGGGUAGCUUGGAGCCCAAUGAAGACCCACCGGCUACGAAAGCAUCUGCGUGUGAUGGCCAAUACAACGGUGUACAAAACCUCUCCGCAGGUCCGAUGGCAAUAGACACAGAUUCGAUAGGCAGCGGCUCUCAAUGCGCCUUGUCACCUCUGCCCACUCCUUGUACACCGGAUGACAGCACUGGCUCAGCGACAUCAGAUAUACACGUCUCUGGAUGUAGAAAACGCCGAAUCAAGCUCGCUACGGGAAUUUGUCGGCCUGAGGCUGACGAUAUCGAGUCUCUGCCCGCGCUCAAGAAACGCCGGAUCAUCCUGAAAAUAAGACCACGGAGGGUGGGCGAGAAAGGGCAUGCUGGUGGUGACGGCACGGUCAUUCAAACUCGGGUCAAGCCACCAAGUGAGAAGAUUGAGAUUAACAAUCUCACCAAAACCCGCAUCAUUCUCAAGACUGGUUCGUGCCGGCCCGAUUCUCGUCGACUAACGACACCGUUUAAGACUUGGCAGUCGGACACAACGUCGUUCAGGCGCAAGUGGACAUUGGAGGAGGAUGAAACAGUCUGUAGGAUGAAAAAGGACAAAUACUCUUGGACCGAGAUCCAGCGCGCCCUUCCGCAUCGUUCCCAGGGUUCGAUUCAAGUCCGGUACUCGACUCAAUUGAAACAAGUCGAUGAGGGGUGA